CAGGGAGUGAUGACACCGGGAGGUGGCAUCAGCCGGUGCAAGCGUUUAAGCGAAUCCCAACACGCCUUUCAGGGAGACUCAGACGCCCGGGAGCCCUUGGCAGGUCCGCACCUCCGGGAGUAAACCCCCGCCGCCCGCUCGCGGCUCACGGGAGCGCGCCUGACACCGCGUGGUCAUUGGUGCACGCGCCGCCCCCUUCCCCGCCCCCUGCCGUCGUCCUGGGCGGUGCGCUUCGCCAGCCUCCGCGCCAGUCGCUGACAGCCGCGGCGCGGAGAGCUUCUCCUGUGCUACCGAGGCAGGACUCCCGAAUAUAUUUGAAAACUGAGUAACUUUAGCCAAGCCGAAGCAGCCGGUCUUCUCGGAGGCACAAUCCCAGCUCAGCUGAGCCACGACAGACAUACAUCGUCAUGGUGAAAGGCCACAUAGGCGGCUGGAUCCUGGUUCUGUUUGUGGCCACAUGGAGUGACGUGGGCCUCUGCAAGAAGCGGCCGAAGCCUGGUGGAGGAUGGAACACUGGGGGGAGCCGGUACCCGGGGCAGGGCAGUCCUGGAGGCAACCGUUACCCACCCCAGGGCGGUGGCGGCUGGGGUCAGCCCCACGCCGGCGGCGGCUGGGGUCAGCCCCACGCCGGCGGAGGCUGGGGUCAGCCCCACGCCGGUGGUGGCUGGGGUCAGCCCCACGCCGGCGGCGGCUGGGGUCAAGGUGGUGGCACCCACAAUCAGUGGGGCAAACCCAGUAAGCCGAAAACCAACAUGAAGCACAUGGCAGGAGCUGCGGCAGCCGGGGCGGUAGUGGGGGGCCUCGGCGGCUACAUGCUGGGGAGUGCCAUGAGCCGGCCCCUCAUUCAUUUUGGCAACGACUACGAGGACCGUUACUACCGUGAAAACAUGUACCGCUACCCCAACCAAGUGUACUACAGGCCAGUGGAUCAGUACAGCAACCAGAACAACUUUGUGCACGACUGCGUCAACAUCACGGUCAGGCAGCACACGGUCACCACCACCACCAAGGGGGAGAACUUCACGGAGACCGACAUGAAGAUAAUGGAGCGCGUGGUGGAGCAGAUGUGCGUCACCCAGUACCAGAAAGAGUCCGAGGCCUACUACCAAAGAGGGGCGAGCGCCAUCCUCUUCUCCCCGCCUCCCGUGAUUCUCCUCCUCUCGCUCCUCAUCCUCCUGAUCGGGGGUUGAGGGCGGCCUUGCCGUCUUCCCCAUCUUCUUCAUCUUUUACGGGUUGGGGGAGGGGGUGUCUACCUACAGCCCUGUAGUGAUGGUGUCUCAUUUCUGCUUCUCUAUCGCCCAUAGGCUAAUACCCUUGGCACCGAUGGCCCCGGGAAAUGUAGAGCAGACCCAGGAUGCUAUUUAUUCGAGCCCCGAGGGAUUGAGUCCUUCAUGGGCCAGUGCUAGUGCUGGGCUGGGAAUAACAACAACAAAUAAUCAUUGGUUGAUCUAGGGCUCCUUUUUUUGUCUAGUGCGGCAGAUUGAGGCGAAAUCGAUUCUCAAAACAGCCUUCAAGUACCUUCGCCUGAAUACCUCCGGCUCCUUCCCCAGCUAGAGCUCAGUACACUAAUGCCCCAUCUUAGCCGUGAUUUCACGGCAACGUGGGACAUUUUCCUCACCCGUUUUAAGAGAACCUGACUACAUUUCCCUGUUCAGAGAGCAUUUCUGCCAAAUUUGAGUAUCAUGGCCACAUGAUACUCAUUCAAAAAACAAAACUAGAGAUCCUUAGCUCCUGGGCCCCAGGCUCAGCGCGCCAGAGAGCACGUGCCCUGUGUCUGCACAGAGCUGGGACAGAGUCUUGCAUUUUGCAGUGUGGGCUACACAGCAGCUAUCGUGUCAAGAGGCACUAGACCUCAGCAGACGAGGUUUUCACAGAGAACGCGUGUAACCAACAACAACACAAAGAGACUAAAAAAUAGCCCAACACUUGGUGCCCUUGGAGGCGAGCUCCCGGCUUGGACGUUUAAAGCACCUACUCGUGGCAUUCCUUUCUUUCACAACCUAAACUGUAGAGAAGUAGGGCAGUAAAAAAUUGCACCACUUUCUGGGCACUGAGAGCAAAUCUUUGGUCAUUUACCUGGGAACCAGAACCAUUUUGACAUAGACGAAGGUGCAGCGUGAAAAUACCGUUCUCCCAGAGCAUUACACAAUGAAGAAAAUGAUUAGUAGACAAAAGAAGUGCUCGCAUUUCUCCAUUGCUGUUUCAUAACUGUCAAAAGCCAGAAUUGUGUCAAGUCCUGGUUUGGCCAUCCCAAAAAAUACCUUAGGUGGCAGAUGACAGAAAUAUCCACUCAGAGUGGAAAAAAAGAAUCCUGUUACUGUUAUUUAAGGUAAAAUUAUUGUCUGGAUCAUUCAUUAUUGUCACCUAGCUGAUAAAUUACCGUCCUGCAAUGUUACUGGCUUGCACUGUGCGGGUAUUUGAUGUAAAAAAAAAAAAAAAUUAUUAUAUAUAUAUAUAUUGUGUAUGACCAACAUAGAAAUUUGGGUUAGAGGAGUUAACAUCUAUCUGAUCUAUCGUACCACCUGUUUUUGUAAGGUACUAAAUACUUAAUACGUAGAAAACCCUUUUGCGUGGUCCUCAGGCUUACAUGUGCACUGAAUAGUUUUGUAUAAAGAUCCAUGGUGGAUCUUUGAAAUAUGCAUGUACUUUAUAUUUUCUAUAUUUGUAACUUUGCAUGCACUUGUAUAAAAAAUUGUAUAAAUGUUCUAUAUCUGGACCAGAAUUAAACAGGAGCUAAGUGA